AAGCCUAUAAAAGUACGCCGUCGCCUCACCGUGAUCACACACAAACCCAGCGCCUCAAUCCAUCGGUUGCAUCCAGACGCGCGCAAGAAAACAGAGCACGCACGGCAGGCAGAGGAAGAAGGAACAGAAGGGGCGGCGAUGGCGCGGCGGGGCACGGAGGCGUUCCCGGACCUGGGCGCGCACUGCGACCGGGAGGACUGCAACCAGCUCGACUUCCUGCCCUUCGACUGCGACGGCUGCGGCAAGGUCUUCUGCGCCGACCACCGGACGUACCGGGACCACGGCUGCGCGCGCGCCGCCGACCAGGGCCGCACCGUCGUCGUAUGCGAGGCCUGCGGCGACGCCAUCGAGCGCGCCGCCGGCGCCGGGACCGACGCCGAGAUCCUCGAGGCGCACGCCAGGUCGCGCCGAGGCUGCGACCCGGCCAGGAAGCUCAAGCCGCGCUGCCCCGCGCGGCGGUGCAAGGAGACGCUCACCUUCUCCAAUACCAGCGUCUGCAAGGGGUGCGGUCAGAAGGUGUGCCUCAAGCAUCGGUUCCCCGCCGACCACGAGUGCGCUACGCGCGGGUCCCCGGCGGGGGCAGCCGCGGCGAGACGGGCCGGCGACUGCGGCCGCGACGCGCACAAGGUCAGGGACGGCGGCGGGUGGGCGCUGCCGCCGUUGAUCCGGAAUUUCAGGAUGUUUUGA